AUGCAUAAUUAUGAAAAUAAUUACAAAAAAAUAUUUUGUGAAAAUGUAAGUGGCAUAAAUGAAAAAGACCUUGAUGUUAACGUAGAAAAAAAUCAAAAUUUUAUUAAACUAAAUUCUUUCAAUAUUAAGGAGGAUAAACAAGAAAAUAAAAUUAUUAAUAACAUUAAUAGUAAUCAUAUGAGAAGUUAUAAUAAUUAUUUAAAUAAAUAUAAAGAAAAUAAUGAUGCAGAUAAUAAUAAAUUCUUAAUAAAUAAUUGCAAUUUAAUUAAUAAUUAUGAAACUUCAAAUAUAAAUUCAUCUUCAUCAAAAGAAGUAUCAAAUUGUAAUGACAUAAUAUAUAAAAAAGAACAAAAUUUUUAUUCACAUAUAAAAAAUAUACAUACAAAUAACGAUAAUGAAAUUAACAAUAAAGAAAAACACAAUAUAAAUUAUGAUAAAGAUAAAACGAAAAAUGAUAAAUUUUAUAUAAAUUAUGAAAAAUCAAAUAAAGGAAAUUUAAAUAUGGAAAACAAAAAUGAAUAUAAUACAAAUUCAAAUAUAAAUGUAUUAAAUAUGAAUUCUUGUAAUGAUAAAAAUAUAUCUCUAGAAAAUUACUCUAACGUAUUUGUUACUUGUAACACUAAUAAUAGUAAUAAUAACAGUAAACAUUUGAAGAUAAAUUAUGAAAAUUGUAUAAAUGAAAAAGAAAAUAUUAAUUUAUAUAAAUUGAACAAUAGAGGCAUCACCUAUUUUGAAAAAAAUAUAUCACAAGUUAGUGAUAUAAGUAAUGAACAAUUUAAUACAAACAAUAAUAAUAUUUCUCACCGUAUAAAUAAUGAAAAUUUUAAUGAUCAUUAUUAUAAUAAUCAUUUAAAUAUAAGAAAAAAUAAUUUAUAUAAGUCUAAUGAUAUUAUUAAAGAUAGAAUUUUCGUAGAUAAUGCGAAAAGUGAAUCCCGAAAUAAUAAAAAAUAUAUAAAUGUUAACAAUGAUAAUUCAUACAAUAUAAUUUAUGAUAAUGAAAAUAAAGCAUUAGUUAAUUAUUAUAUUGAUAGCAAUAAAGUAAAUAGUUUAAUAGAUAAAAAUAUGAAUACAGUUAGUAAUAAUUUAGUAAAUAUAAAAGAAAAAGACAAAUAUUUAAUUAAUUCAUAUAAUACAAAUGAAACAGAUAAAGAUAAUAAUAAUGUUAUUACUUUAAAAAAAAAUGAUACAAAUCAUUUAUUUAAUUUAAAUAAUAAUUAUACUGAAUAUGAUUUUAAUAAUAAUAAUUAUUAUUCAAUUUGUGAAGAUAACAAAAAUAUAUUAAUUGAUAAAUUUAAUGGUAAUAAUUACUAUAAUAUUGAGAAAAAUGAAUUUUCUUUAAUUAAAGAGAGUAAUAAAAUGGAUGUUAAUAAAAGUAAUUAUAAUGUUUAUGAUUAUAGUAACUGUGAAAACAAAAAUCAAUUAAAUUGCAAAAGAGAUUAUAUAUCAAGUGAGAAUUUGCAUAAUUUAAAAAAUAUAGAAAUAGAAAACAGAGGUUUAAAUGAAAAAGAAAUAAGAAAUAAUGAUGAAGAUAAUAGUUGUCUUAAUAUAGACAAAAAUAAUUUUAAUGAAGAAUGUAAAAAAAAAAGUACAAUUAAUAGAAAUAAUCAAAUUGAUCGUAAUCAUAAUAUUUUGGAGGGUAAUAAUGGUUAUUCAAAAAAAGAAAUAAAUAGUUUUAAUAUAAAUAGUAAUGAAAACAAAAUUACUAUGAUGAAUAAUAAUAAUAUAGCAUUUUUUUAUGACAAAAUUGGGAAUAACAUAGAUAAUAAUAUAAAAAUAAAUGAAAACUUUAAGAAUAGUAAUUAUGAUAAUAAAUCAUUUUAUAAUAAAAAUAACAAAAAUUUUCUUACAGAAGAUCAUACUAUCAAUAAUGUGCUUAAUGAAAAUAAUACACACCUUGAUAAUUUAAAAGACUUAAAAAAUAUCCAUAAUUUUAGUGAUUAUCUCAAUAUGAAGAAAAGUGAUGACCUUUUUAAUUUUAAUGACAAUUCUGACAUAAUAAAUACCUUUGUGAUUAAAUAUUUAAGUGAUAUAGAUAAAAUAUAUGAAAUAAAAGAAAAAAAUAAAAAAAAUGAUAAUAAUAUAAAUAGUUAUUAUAACAUAUUAGAAUUAUUAUAUAAUGCAUGUAAAAAGAAAAAGAAAUUGAAAGAUAAAAGGAUAAGAGCAUUGUUAUAUGUAUUUAAAUAUAUUAAAAAAAAAGAGAAAGAAAAAAAAAGAAAUAUGUAUUUAUUUGAUAUAGUAACAUUAAAAAGAUUGAAUAAGCAAGUUGAUUUAUAUAUAGAAUUUGUAAAAAAAAGAGAAUAUAAGAAAGAUUUAUGUUUACAUUUGCAUAAAAAAAAUAAAAUGAAUGACGGAAUAACAAAUUGCAAGAAUUUUUCGUAUUCACAAACGAAAUUUAUUCAAAAUAUUUUAAAUAAAAAAUCAAAUUUAUUCAUCAAAUCGCAAAAUCAACCACAAGUUAAUAAUAAUCAUUUUUAUUUUAAUCAUACAUUAAAAAAAGUUACUUAUAUAAAUAACUUAUUAGUGUAUAUUCAUUUUAUUAUUUUAAAGUAUAUUUCUAUUUUUUCAAUAAAUCAAUGGAAUAAGUUGCUAUUUCAAGAUAUUGAUAAUUAUAACGAUCAAAAAAAUAAAACAUUUAUAAAAAAUUAUAUUAAUUAUAAAGAUAAUAAAAUGAGUUUCCAUGAGACAUUUGUUUUUGUAAAUAAACUAAACACAAAUCAAAAUUUUGAAAUGAUGAAAAAUAAUUUUAAUGAAAAAUAUAAAUUCCCAAAUAUUGAAAAGAAUGAAGUAAUACAUAAAAAUGAAAACAAAAAUGAAACACAGCAGACGUCAGAAAAAAUAAAUGAACAAGAAUUGGAAGAAAAAGGAAAUUCGAAAAAUUAUAAUUAUAUUGAUAACCUUAAUAAAAAGGUAUAUAUAGGAUUAAAAAAUGAAAAAAAUGAUAAUUUUUUUCAUGAUAGUAACAUAAAUAGCAAUACAAAAAAUAAGGAAGAUAAUUUUUGCAUUAAUAAUUUAAAUAAAAGUUCUGAAAAAGAAAUGGAUAUUAUUUCUUUUAAAUUUGAUAAUAAAAAUGUUAUGAAUAAUAAUAAUGAUCCUUCACACAAUGGUAAUAAAGACAGUAACUACUAUAUAAAUUUAAAUAAUAAUAGUAGCAACACUAUUAAUUAUGACAAUGUAAAUAAUAAUAGUAACAAUAAUAAUAAUUAUGAUAACAUAAAUAAUAAUAGUAACAAUAAUAAUAAUUAUGACAACAUAAAUAAUAAUAGUAACAAUAAUAAUAAUUAUGACAAUAUAAAUAAUAAUAAUAACAAUAAUAAUAAUUAUGACAAUAUAAAUAAUAAUAGUAACAAUAAUAAUAAUUAUGACAACAUAAAUAAUAAUAGUAGUAACAAUAAUAAUAAUUAUGAUAACAUAAAUAAUAAUAGUAACAAUAAUAAUAAUAUUAAUAACAGUGAUAAUAUAAAAAAUAAUAGUAAUCAAAAUAAUUACAGUGAUAAUUUAAAUAAAGAUAGUAAUAAUGAAAAUAAUCAUAACAGUAACUAUGAUAAUAUAAAAAAUAAUAGUAAUCAAAAUAAUUACAUCGAUAAUUUAAAUAAUAACAGCAAUAGUGAAAAGAAUCAAAAUAUAAAUGAUGAUAAUAAUAAUAAUAAUUACGAUGAUAAUUUAAAUAAUAAUAGUAAUAAUAAUAAUAAUAAUAACAAUGAAAUUGGUAAUUCAAAUAAUAAUUUCAAUAUUCCAUUAGCAAAUAAUAGUACUUAUAAUAUAAAUAAAAAUGAUAAAAAUAUUACAAAUAUUAACUGUUAUUUAAAUAAUAAAAAUAAUAAUGAUUUAUAUACAUACAAUAACACAUUUAAUGAAAUAAAUAAUUACGAAAAUAAAUAUCAAGAAUUAAAUAACGAAAUAAUAGAAAAAUUAAAUCCUCUUAAUAUUAACAAUGAAAAUAUUAUUGAUAUUAAUUAUUAUGAAUAUGUGAUUGAGCCAUUUGACUUUUUCUUUUAUGAUCAAAUAUAUAAUGAGAUAUACAAUUAUUUGCAAAUGUUAAAAAAUAAUAAUUCUUAUUCAAAUAACACUUAUAUGAAUUGUGAAGAAAAUCUAAUAAAGAAUUUACCAUAUCAUCAUUAUGAAUUUAUUGAAAUAUUAAUGAAGGAAAUUAUGAAUGUUAGAGAUUUAAUCUAUCGUAAUAAAUAUGUAAGAUACCUUUUUUAUUAUAUAUAUAAAAAUGAUAAAAAUAAUUUAGUAGAAAGCAUAAAUAAAAUUUUAUCUUUAGAAAAAAAAAAGGUUUUAUUAUAUAAAAUACAAAUGAAAUUAAGAUACAACAUUUUUAUUUCACGAUUUUUUGAAAAUAAUUAUAUAAUUAUUAAUAAUACUGAAGAUAAAGAACAAGAAGGAAUAAAUUUUAAUGAAGCAAAAAGUAAAUUAUUUAAUACUUUUUAUAAUAAAUAUAGUGACUACUACAAUGAAUAUAAAGACAAAACAAACCAAAUGAGAGAAAGAAAAAAAAAACUUUUUAAUAUUUGUGAAGAAAAAUUUGGUGAAAUUAAAAAAAAAUUAAAUAUGUAUUCUGAUUAUUUUAACAAUGUGAGAAGGAAAUUAGAAAUAAAAACGUAUAUAUAUGAGGUGAAUAAGAAGGAAGAAAUAUCUGUAAAAAAAGAAUUAGAAAAAAACAAAAUUCAAGAAGAAAUAACAAAAGAAGAGAUUGAAAAAGUUGAUAAAGAAAAUAUAGAAAUGAAAAAGGAUGUAGAAGAGGGAAUUCAAAAAGAAGAAAAAAAAAAAGAAAUUAACAAAAAUGAAGUAAUUAAAGAAAACACAUUAAAUGAUAGAAUAGAAAAAAUUGUUGAUUGUCUUGAAAAUGUUCAAGAUAAUGAAUACGAAAAAGAAAAAUUAAAUUUUAGUGUACCUUAUAACUACGUGGAAUUUUUAUAUGAUAAAAAUUAUACUAUUAUUAUAAAUAGCGAAAAAAGUAAUUCAAGAAAAUUUAAAGCUUCUUAUAUAAUAAAUUCUAAUUUAAAGGGUAAUGAAAAUUUAUUAAUUAUAACAUCAAUACUUAAUACUGUAACAUGGAAGAAGUUAUUUUUCUCUUUUAAAAAUAUAACCGUUUAUAAAAAUGAAGAAAGUAUAAUAGAAAAUAAAAUAUCCGACUUAUAUUCAAACCUUAUUAUAUGUAUAGAUUUCUUGCCAAAAAUUUUACAUGUUACUUGUGAUAUAAUAUUGUUAGAUUUAUGUCAUUUUAAUUUAUUAAAUCAAAUAAAUAUAUUAAAUGAUUUAUCCCUUUUAAAUGUAAAAAAAAAAAUAUUAAUAUUAAAUUGUUUAUCAGAUAAUUGGAACUUUUUAAGUUCAUUAUUUUUCUUAAAUAACCACAUUUCUAAUAAUUCAUUAAUCAAUAGCACUUUUCAAUUAAAUCAUAGUGAAGAAGAUAAAAAAAUUUUAAGUAAUUUAAUGCUUGAAUUUAUUUCCAAUUUUUGUAUAACAAAUCAACAAAAUUCAUUAUUAGAAAGGAAGAAUAGAAAAUGUUUUAUUUUAACAUAUAUGAGUGGUAUUCAAAAAUUUAUAUAUGAUAAUGUAGAUGAUAAAAAUAAAAUUCUUGCAUGUGUUCAUCCACUAUUGAUGUUAAACGAAAAAAAUUUUUUUUUAAAAGAUUUUAACAUAUCAGAAAAGUUUGAAUUAUUAAAAAAUAUUAUAAAAAAAUUUUGCGUUUUAAAAAAAAAAAUACUAAUAUGUUAUUCUGGAGAGAAACUAGUAAUAUUAAUACAAAUACUCUUGUAUCUUUAUUCGUUACAUAAUUCUUCGAACAUAUUAUUAUUCAAUCAUGAAAUUAAUAAGGAUAUUAAUUUAGAUAAUUAUGAUGUUGCUAUAAUAGUGAAUAAUCACACAGAGUUUUUAGAAUAUUUUAAACAUGAAAAAUUAUCUUGUUAUUUUUUAGUAUCUACAUACACUAAAGAAGAAGAUUCUCUAUUAGAAAAUUUCAAAAAUAGUAAAGAAUUAUACUUUUUUAAAAAGAAAAAAGAAGAAUUUAUAAACGCAAAAAAAAAGAAUAGAGAAUUACUUUAUAGAUAUUAUAUUAACAAUCUUAUUUCAGAAAAUGAUGAGCAAUUUAUACUAUUCAGUAUAAUUGAUCAAAAAGAGAAAAUUUAUUCUCAUACCUCUUAUAAUGAAAUAGUAUUACCCACUUGUUUUUCUACAAUAUUAUCUAAUUGUGAUAAUGUUUCACAGUAUACUGAAUAUUGGAAAGAUAUAAAGAAUGCUCACAAUUUUUGGGACUUGAAUAUUUUGAAUAAAGAAAAAAUAAAAUUUUACUUAGAUAAAAAAAAAAUGAUAUAUGACAAAUAUCAAAAUAUUAUAUCCCCAAUUUCAGAGGAAUACUUACCACCACCUCAAAUUCAUUAUUAUUUGAACAAUUCCAUGAACGAAAAAACUACGUUUAAUUUUUGCAUAUCUAUAGCUUUAGAUGAAAUUAUUCAGGAAUUAAGUAGAAAAAAAGAAAAAGAUGAUUUUGAUGAAAUAAAAAAGAAUAUCUUAUUAAAUAUUAAGGAAAAAUCAAGUAAAAAUUAUUUUUCUUCUUUACGUAAAAUGGAAAAAAUCUUAUGUAAAUUUUUGGAGGAAAAUAAAAAAAAAUCUUUUGAGCAAUUUUUAAAGUGUUGUGAAAGUUAUAGUCAAAUUAUAAUGAAGUGUACAGAAAAGUUAUUUUUCACUUUUAACAAAUCAUAUAAUAAUCAUUUUAAAAAUUUUGAAGAUUUUUGGUGUGAUGAAGAAGAAAAAAGGAAAGAAAAAUGGAAAGAAAUUUGGGAACUGAAUGAAAAAAAUGAAAAUGAUAAAGAGAAAAACAAUAUAUAUAAUAUGUGUGUAGAAAAAAAUGAAUUAUGUGAUAAUUAUAAUAAUGAUGAUGGAUUUGAUAAAUUAAAAAAUGAAUUUAAUUUAAAAGAAAAAAAAAAUUUUCGCAUUAGACUUUCUUCUCAGUUAUUUGAAGAUAACGAAUUGAAUCAAUUAUUUAUUAAUGGAAAAAAAAUACGUACAUCUCUUAAUGAAAAAAAAGAAAAAGAUAAAAAAACUUGUUUAUAUAUAGAAAGAAAAGAAGAACAAGAAAUAGAAAAUUAUUAG